AUGACCACCGAAAUUGAAGCUCAUAUCACGAAAAAGUAUGAAAUCAAAAAGAGACUCGGCAAAGGGGCCUAUGGUAUUGUAUGGAAGGCAGUUGACAAAAAAACAGGAGAAAUUGUGGCUGUUAAAAAGAUUUUUGAUGCUUUCCGUAACCAAACAGAUGCACAAGUAAAUUGUUUUUACUUACUUUUCUUGUUGGUUCUACUUUUUUCAUUAUUUAUUCUCUUCCUUUUUAUUUCUCCUCUUUUUUCUUUCUUUUUCACCUUUCAUUUUCUUCUCUUAUUCUACUCUCUAAUCUCUUUCUUUCUUUCCACUUUUUUCAUCUUCUUCACCUUUCUUUUUCUUCUCUUAAUACUAUCAGGCCUCUCUAAUCUUUUUCUUUCUUUCCACUUCUUAUUUGUUCACCUUUCUUUUUCUUCUUCAUCCCCACUCUUCUCACUAUUGUUUUUCUUUUCUUCUUUCUUUUUCUUCAUUUCUAUUUUUCUUCUCUUAUGUCCUUCUCUUCUCUCCAUCCAUUUUCUUUCUUUCCAUUUCUUUCUUCACUUAUCUUUCUCCUCUCUCUUCCUUUCAUUUUCCCUCUUUCAUUUACUCCCCUUCUGCAUUUUUUUAUCUUACAUAGAAAUUGCUUAUUUCUUUACCAGCCAAUUUAACUCAGGCACAUUUAACCAGUAA